AGAGCUGAAGCGUUCCACCUGGCAGAGUUGGGCAACCCUUACAUUGGCUUUGGUGAACAGGAACUAAUCCCAGGAGCUGUUACAUUUUCCCCCUUCUGUGCAGACGGUGUGACGAGUGCAACCAUGGCGAAGAAUUGCCACAAUGACUACAAGAUGAAGUUCUCCCUGGACGAGGAGUUCCCAGACUUGUCACUCCACAACAACCACAUGGCCAAGGUGGUGAACAAGGAGCUGUACGACAAACUGAGGGGCAAGUCCACGCCCAGUGGCUUUACCCUGGAUGACUGCAUCCAGACUGGAGUGGACAACCCUGGCCACCCCUUCAUCAUGACCGUCGGCUGUGUGGCUGGUGACGAGGAGUCCUACGAGGUCUUCAAGGAUCUGUUCGACCCCAUCAUCUCCGACCGUCACGGCGGCUACAAGCCCACCGACAAGCACCAGACCGACCUGAACUUCGAGAACCUGAAGGGAGGAGACGACCUGGACCCCGCCUACGUGCUGAGCAGCCGCGUGCGUACCGGCCGCAGCAUCAAGGGCUACACCCUGCCCCCCCACAACAGCCGUGGCGAGCGCAGGAUGGUGGAGAAGCUCUCCAUCGAGGCCCUGGCCACCCUGGAGGGUGAGUUCAAGGGGAAGUACUACCCCCUGUCAGGCAUGACAGAUGCUGAGCAGGAUCAGCUGAUCAAUGACCACUUCCUGUUCGACAAGCCCGUGUCCCCCCUGCUGCUCUCUGCUGGCAUGGCCCGUGACUGGCCCGACGGCAGAGGCAUCUGGCACAACGACCAGAAGAGCUUCCUGGUGUGGGUGAACGAGGAGGAUCACCUCCGCGUCAUCUCCAUGGAGAAAGGCGGCAACAUGAAGGAGGUCUUCAGACGAUUCUGCGUGGGCCUGCAGAAGAUUGAGGAGGUCUUCAAGAAGCACAACCACGGCUUCAUGUGGAACGAGCACCUGGGCUACGUGCUCACCUGCCCCUCUAACCUGGGAACCGGCCUGCGCGGCGGAGUCCACGUCAAGCUGCCCAAGCUCAGCACACACGCCAAGUUUAACGAGAUCCUUGGCAGGCUGCGUCUGCAGAAGCGCGGAACAGGUGGUGUGGACACCGCCUCCGUGGGUGGAGUGUUCGACAUCUCCAACGCCGAUCGUCUGGGCUCCUCCGAGGUGGCCCAGGUCCAGAUGGUGGUGGACGGUGUGAAGCUGAUGGUGGAGAUGGAGAAGAAGCUGGAGAAGGGCGAGGCCAUCGACGGCAUGAUCCCCGCCCAGAAGUAGAGCGGACAUGACGCCGACGCCAUCUUUCCUUUUUGUACGAUAAAAGACGAGCAGCCUUAGACUAAAGUACCUUCUCUACGGCCUUUUCGAGGAAAAACGCAACAAAAAAAAAGACACAACUUCUCUCAGAUUUCAGCAACUCUUCUUCUCUUCUGACAUCUUGAAAACGACUUUCCCAUCCGAUCUGUAACACCCUGGGAUCAAACCUUCACGCUGUAGGGUCCGCGCCUGAACAGUGUGCAUGCACCGAAACGUUCAAACACCUUUUUUGGUUGUAUCACAUAACUGAGCAAAUAAAAGCCUCAAUGUACCGAUCAA